AACAUCGGUUGCCUAUUGAGGUUUUUGUUGUUUACCCAAAAAUUGGAGAAAAAAAGACGAGACUUUUUUCCGUAAUCUGAUCAGUUAUUUUUCAAUUUUUUAUUUAUUUUCCCAAUUGUCGUCGAAUGACGCCCCAAUCAACGAUCCUGUAAAUUGUAAACCUGUGAUUUUUUUUUUGAAUUCAAUUAACUCACACUUGAAACAACAACAAUGACCACAGAGAUCAAAGCAUAUUAUCAGAAUGCAAAAAUUCAAUUAUUAAGUAAAUUAGAAGGACAUCAAGAUGUUGUUAAUGCAGCUUUUAUUAUUCCAAAUGAUGAUGGUGUUAUCAGUAUCAGUGAAGAUAAAACCCUAAGAAUUUGGUUGAAACGUGAUCGUGGUACCUAUUGGCCUUCAGUAUGCAAUGUUCUUCCAGCACCAAUUUCAUCAAUGGAUUAUAAUCAUCAAACAAAACGUUUAUUUGUUGGUCUUGAUAAUGGUUAUAUAUCAGAAUUUAAUGUUUCGGAUGAUUAUAAUCGUAUAAAAUUAAUAAAAAAUUAUGCUGCUCAUCAAAAUCGUAUAAAAUCAAUAUUAUUUUCAUUGGAUACUGAAUGGUUAUUAAGUAUUGGUCGUGAUAAAUAUUUUGUUUGGCAUUGUGCUGAACGUGGUAAACGUAUUGGAGCUUAUUUUUGUCAAAAUUCUUGUACAGCUUUACAAUUUGAUCAUCAAUCAAAACAUGCGUUUAUUGGUGAUUUAAAUGGUCAUAUUGAAAUGAUUAAAUUGGAAAAUGAUUCCUAUAAACCGGUUACAACAUUAAAAGGACAUUCAGCACCUGUUCGGUGUUUAACAUGGGAUUGUGUUAAUCAAUUAUUAUUUUCCGGUGGUUCGGAUAAAGUAAUCAUCUGUUGGGAUAUUGGUGGUAAAAAAGGUACUGCUUAUGAAUUACAAGGCCAUAAAAAUUCUGUGACAUCAUUAUAUUUUUCCAGUGCCAAUCGUCAUUUAAUUUCGACAUCCGAAGAUUAUAUGAUUAUUGCCUGGGAUAUGUCUUGCCAACGUAAAGAGACACCGGAUUGGGCUGAAAGUGAUUUUUGUCAACGUUGUCAACGGCCAUUUUUCUGGAACAUUAAAGCAAUGUAUGAUCAAAAAACAUUGGGUUCACGACAGCAUCAUUGUCGUCUUUGUGGUAAAGCAAUAUGCGAUGUUUGUAGUUUAAAUCGUUCAACAUUACCUAAAUAUGGUUAUGAAUUUCCAGUUAGAGUUUGUAAUGAUUGUUUUGGUACAAUUACAGAUGCUGAUCGAAUUUCAUUAGCAAAAUUUUAUGAUAGUAAACAUUGUAUAACACAUAUGAAUAUUGAUGAAACAAAUAAUCUAAUGAUUACAUCGGGUUUUGAUCGUAUUAUUAAGCUCUGGGAUAUAAGUAGCCUUUUCGGUUAAAUUUUUGUGACUAAAAAUGUUUGACUGGAUUAACCCGAAACAACAUUCGAAUCGAACGAUAUUAUCGAAUGAAUCGAACGAUCAUGAUGAUGACCCAAACCAACAAUACAAACAUAAUUCUUUCUUA